AUGUUCAGCCAGAGGUUUAGACCCAACCCGAAAGCCUCUAUGCCUUGCGGGUCCGAAGUAUCAGCCUUAUUGGGUAGAAUGCCUUCCGCCGUCGGUUAUCAACCUACCCUGAGUACUGAAAUGUUCAUAUUCCGGAUUGGGUUCAUCCCUAUAUUCGAAAUCGGCCCCAAAACGACAGGUAAUAUUUCCAGGGGUGUUGCAAAUGGGUCUGCCGGUUCACCAAUCAUUGAUGGUUCGAGAACCGCCAAGCGUUGGCUAGAAUCCCUCCUUUUUCCAAUCCAGUUCCUCCACCACCGCGAACCCCAGUUAGAUUCAGGCGUGCUAUUCAUCCUGGUCAUGGAUAGAUCACCCAGGUUCGGGUCCAUAAGCAGUGACAAUUGCCCUAUGAAGACCUCAAUGGGAAAAGAAAAUGGAGCACCUAACCUGGAAUCAAUAAAUCAAUCAAAUUCCGGGAGGCUUCGUGCAGUGCUUCUUUCGGAGUUAAACUGCCGGAUCCAAGCGUUGGCUAGGAUCGAGUGGACACCAAUAAUUUUCGUUUAUCAUGGGUACUCCCCGAAAUGCGUUGAGGCGCAGCAGUUGACUGUUUUAAGUCGAUACGCCCUAUUCGGUCGUAGAACUUGUUACUCGAUCGAAGAGAUUUUUGGAACACCUCUAACAGAGAAAGAAAAGAUUUUUUACCCUGUCUCCACAUUGGAUCAAGAACAGGUCACUAAAACCAGCCUUCUUAAGGCCAAAGAGUCAGGUGGAAAAGGGGGGAGGGCUCCCCGUUCCUGGUUCUCCUGUAGCUGGAACCUCGACAGUCUGUCUGUAGGUAGUCUGGCGAAGUGGGAGGCGCAUUUCUUUCUGUUGGUCUCGGUGACAUUGGAAGUUUCAUCCUUGCUAAAGAAAGGAGCGGCCAAAAAGUGUAAGGAGAAGAGCGAACACGAAGAGAUUGAGGAGAUAGAGGCAGAAGUAGGAGAAACGGAAACGACCACGGAGCUCCCCUCCUAG